AUGGCAGCAUCGCCGCCCUCGACCGCCGCUCAAGGGGCCACCACCCUGGCUCUCUCUCUGCUCGCCCUCGUCAUCUGGUCCAUCGCCAGUCUCGACACCUCUCACGUCGGCGGAAGCAAUGACGACCACAUUUACGACCAAAACUACCAGCAGUCCGAUGGAAAAGCUACUUCCGACGAUGCCGUCCAAAUCUCUUGGACCCUAAAAAACCAUAACGGCUCCAUCACCGUACCCGCCUUUUUUCCCAGCCUCGUCCACCUCGACCUCAUUCGGGCCGGCAUCAUCCAGCAGCCCAGCGUCGGCCUCAACGAGGGCAUCUAUCGCUGGAUAAUCGACGAGCCCGCAUGGACCUACACGGCAGACCUCUCGUCGCUCGUCGCUCGCCACGCUCACCACUACGACCACUUCCACCUCUACUUUCAGGGCCUCGACACCGUCGCCGACGUCUACCUAGGCGAUCAGCAUGUCGGCUCGACGCACAACCAGCACCGCUCCCACGUCUUUGACGUCACAGAGUGUGUGCACGCUCUCUCCGACCACAUCACCUCCCCGCACCGCAACCUCACCAUCCGCUUCUCCAACCCCAACGCCUAUGCAGCGGGCAAGGCGCGAGCAGGCCGUCACUAUUCAGACCAGCGCGAGGCGCCCACGACGUCGAGAUCGUCGCGCUACCAGUACCCCAACCGCAUGUUCAUCCGCAAGCAGCAGAGCGACUUUGGCUGGGACUGGGGGCCCGCGCUCGUGCCUUGUGGCCCGCACCAGCCGGCCUACCUGAUCGGCCUCGGCCGACGAGCAGAGGUCCAUGGAGCGCAGCCAGCUGCGUUGCCGGUUGCCAAACGACACGCCUCCGACGACUUUUUCGUCCAGCGCCACUCGUUCGACAUCUACCGCAAGGGCCAGCGCAACAACCUGGCGCCGGAUCAGGACGCCAACUGGAUCGUCAAUGUCACGCUCAGCAUCCUCUCGAGCUGGCACGCCGACGUGCCCAAGAUCCGCCUGGCCAUCCCGGAGCUGGACCUGUACACGUUUGACGUGCUCCUCUCCUCGCCCGUGCGGCCCGGACUCAACGAGGGGCUCCACGCAACGUUCGAGCUGCCUUCGUCGGGUCACUACGCCCCGGCGCUCUGGUGGCCCGUUGGGCACGGCGAGGCCAAGCUGUACGACGCGCUGAUCCGCUCCGACGAGCUGGGAAUCGAGCUGAGCACUCGCGUCGGCUUUCGCACCGCCGUCCUCAGCCAGGCGGCGGUGACUGCUCAGGAGGUGCGCGACGGCGCGCAGCCAGGCUCGCGCUUCCAGGUCGAGAUCAACGGCGUCGCCAUCUACGUGCAGGGGACCAACGUGGUCCCCUUUGACACGCUGGGUCCGCGCACCUCGCCGCGCUACGUGCGCUGGCUGCUCGAGAGCGUGCUGGCCGCGCACCAGAACCUGAUCCGGAUCUGGGGCGGCGGGAGCUACUCGAGCGCGGAGCUCCUCUCGCUGUGCGACGAGCUCGGUUUGCUCGUCUGGACCGAUGCCAUGUUCGCCGCCUCCCUCUACCCGGCCGACGCUACGUUCCUCGCCGACGUCGAGGCCGAGGUGGCCGAAGCGGUGCCGCUCCUAUCUUCGCACCCUUGUGUCGUCGCGCUCGUGGGCAACAACGAGGGCGAGCUCUACUUUCUCGGCGGCUACGGCCACCGCGAUGACGACGCGGCGCUGCAGGUCGAGUACGACCGGCUGUUCAACGUCGUGGUGCGCGAUGCCGUGCUGUCGCGCAGCCGGUCGCUCUCCUACAUCCCGUGCUCGACGACGACGGGCUACCUGGCCCUGUACCCGGACUACGUGCCGCGAUACACGCGCGGCGUCGGGGGUGAGCUGUACGGCACGGGCGAGAACUACAACUACGACAUGCGGCAGAGCUUCAACGUCUCGACCUACCCGCGCAGCCGGUUCGUCGUCGAGUUUGGCAUGAUGUCGAUGCCGUCGAUCUACACCUGGGAUCGGGUGCUGGUUGAUCUCCACGAAGGCGACGGGGAUGGUCGGGGGGACAGGGGGGAGAGGUACGAGUUCAACGGUACGCAGGUGCAGAACCAUAACAAGCACAUGCCUGCCGGGAGCCUCGAGUACCCCUGGAACGCGACAGAGGGACAGGGUGAGAUGACGUGGGGCGUCCAGACCAACUUCCCCGUCCCUCUCCCUCGUCGUCGUCGUCGUCGUAACGGGGCGGAGAUGGACGCGCAUGAAGAUGAGGUGGGUGCGAAGAGGGAGCUGCUGGCGCAGUGGUCGUACACGACCCAGUGCUUCCAGGCUCUCUACGUCGGUGCCCAGAUACUCUACUACCGUCUCGGUGCGACGAGGGCGGAGCGGAAUCGCGGCCUCGUCGUUUGGCAGCUCAAUGAUGUGUGGGAGGGAUCGAGCUGGUCGAGCAUCGAAUAUGGAGGAAGGUGGAAGAUGAUGCAUUACGCCUCUGCACGUACCCAAGAUCGCAUCGUCGCAGCGCCGCUCUACGAUUCGGACACGGAGAGGCUGCAAGUCUACAUCCUCGUACGUCGUCCCAUCUCGUUGGACGAUACGGAUGCGAACGCGACGCGGCAGCACCAUCCUGACCCGUCGCACCGCUUUCCUCGCCUGCCACCAGUCCGACUUCACCGACGUCGCCGGCGGGGGACGGAUCGGGGUCGACGUCGGUUGGACGUGGUACGACUUUGA